AUAGAUAAUUAAUCGGAAUUAUGAACCGACUUCUGAUGGUUUGGGACAUUUGUUUUUAUCUUAUUUUUACCUAAUAAAUAAUUACUUAAAAAACCUAAACAUAAUUAAGCCACAUAACCAGCCUCAUUUGGAAUACAAAUUAUUUUUUAAAAAAGUAUAUAACAUGAUAAUUAAUUGGCCGAAUUUUCUAAAAAAAGAAAAAAAAAAUGCAAUCCAAUUAUCUUAAGGUGUUUGUACUAUUUGCAAUUGUUUUAUGCGUUUAUCCCUUGCACACUAUAGCAGAAGUAAAACCAUUUUUACAUGUUGAAGAAAAAGAUUAUGGAUUAGAAUCACCACCUCGUGUGUCAAAAAUAAAGUCAUAUGAUAAUAUUAUUGCAGUAAGAAUUGUUAGAAAUGAUACAAGUAGAUCUGAUGCAAUGGUUCAUUGUAGUUAUGAUACACUUUUUUUAAGAAUUAUUUAUCCUAAUGGAACGGUCAUAGAAAAGGAUAUUAAAUUAGAAGGCGUUCAACUAUUCAAUUAUUGUUCUAUUAGACCGGGAAAAGAAGAUGAUCAUUUAAGGUAUGAAAUGAUUGAAAAGGAUAAAAUUCUCGUCGUUUAUUAUAAUUCAAUAAAUUAUAUGAAAGUCGAAGGAUGGGGAAUGUUAAUUGAUUUUGAUGGUAAAGUGUUUGAUAGGACACUUAUAGGAGUUAUUGGAUAUAAAGAUUUUCGUAUUUUCAGAUUACCACGUGUGCAAAUAAGUUUCAAUGUUAAAAAAGAAAAAGGAUUUAUCAUAGGUUAUAGACCACUUGCAAGUAAUAAUUUUGAAUGGAAACAAUAUAAAAUAGAAUCAGAUGGAAAAUUUACAACUUUGUCUAACGGAUUAAUUAAAUUAGAUUCUAGUGCAAUCUUUGGACUUAAUGCAUUAAUAUCGACAAUUGAUGAAGGUUACUCUUUUAUUUAUAAAUUAAAUGAUACAUUACCAAAUUCAAUGUUACGAGAUCUAAUUGUUGCAGAAUUUAUAGGUUAUAAUAAAUUUGAUACGACUAAAAUUUACCUUUAUCGAGCAAAUUUAUUAAAUAGAAUCCCUCAACCAAUAUCUUGUAGUAUAGAAUAUGUGGGAGUUGGACAUUCUUGUUCCUUACCUAUAAUGUAUAAUCAAAGUGAUUAUAAUCUUAAAAUUGGAUUUUUAUCAUCCGGAGCAAUUAUUUCAUUAAAUAUUACACAAAUUAUUUUUCCUGGUAACAGAUUUAAAUUUAGAACUUGGAAGUUAAAAAGUUUACUAUUUGGUGGUUAUAUAUUACCUGAACGUAUAAAAGUAGGUACGGAUUCUAGAUUAUAUAUUUACGUAUUUUCUGUAAAUGGUACAUUAUAUAAUACUUUAGGUUCAGAACAACCUUUACAAACAAAUCCAAAUUAUGCACUUGAAGUAUUACCAAAUAACACUCUCUUGAUCGCACAAAUGGAAUAUAAUAAUACUUGGGGAUUUAAUGCGAUUGAUAUACCUAAACUUACAAAUGAUAAUGGAUAUUAUAAUACAAAUAUAGAGUCAACAUUCCCUGAAAUUAAUUCUACAAUACCUUCAGGUAUUACGAAUACUUCAAUUAAUUUUUAUAUACCAGUAACACUAUCGGGUGGUAGAUUAUCAAUAUUUCAAACAAUUGGGGAAAGAAAAAUUUUACGUCAAUCAACUUCUGGUAUCCAAUGUAUAUUAGAUAACGAUGAUAAAAGAGUUAUUGUAAAUAUACUUAACAGUACUCUUAGUAAAUCAGGAGGAAAUUAUUUUAUUAAAAUUGAUAGUAAUUUUGUUAAAAGUAGAAUUUAUGGAGAACCUUUAUUAGGGGUAAGAGAAGAUACUUGGAAUUUCAUAAUUGAAGAUAAAAGAUAUUUAUAUACUAUUACUAGUUCAACAACUGCCUUACUUAGAUUAACUGUAAGAGGGACAAAUAUAAUUAAAAAUUCUACUAUUGAUGAAAAAAAACAUUUUGUUAAUACUUUAUUGGAUGAAUUAGCUGAUGCAGUUCAAAUAUCACGUGGUCGUCUUAGAAGUAUUAAAAAUCAAAUGGAUCCUAAUUCAAAUGAUGGAAGACUUUUGAUUAAUAUAAAUAUUGAGGAAACUAAAGAUCCACAUGAAAAAGAUGUUAAUUCUGUAAUACAAGAUAUAAAUUACAUGAUGUCAAAUAAUGAUCAGACUCCCAUUGGAUAUGGUCAACUUACUAAUUUGGACUUUACUUAUGGCUUUAAUCCUGCUCCGAAUUAUCUGGAAGAAUAUGGACCAAGAUCAUUGAUUUCAGUUUCAAUUGCAAUACCUUUAGUUAUUCUUUACUUUCUUGCUAAAAAAAGAGAAAGAAAGGGUCAGAAUAUUGUUAUUUUUAAAGUUAGCUUUUUUAUUUUUGAUUUUGUUAUUGAUACUCUUUUUAUAAUUAAUAAUGCUAAUGAUGUAAAAAGGUUAUAUAUUCCAAGUUUAAUAUUUUAUACUGUUCCAAUAGGACUAAAUUUGGCAUCAUCAUUUCUAAUAAUAGCGAAAGAAAAUACGAGAAAUGAGUUUUUAUCGUGGUUUACAGAAAAUAAUAAACUUGCUAGCAUAUUUAUAAUAUUGGCAGGGAUUGAUAUUGAUAUAUUAAGUGUUUUAUAUUCAAAUCUGGCGGGGUUUAAAUAUUUUCAAGCUCCAUUAUCUGAUUCUACUAAAUCGAUAAUAUUUUGGAUUGCUUUUAUAAAUAUUUUCAUUGAAGAUAUUCCUCAAUUUGUCAUUCAGAUUUUAUUUAAAAGGAGAUCGAUAACAUAUGAUAUUAUUCCAAUUAUUACUUUAAUCUCUUCAGCGAUAACUCUUACAAUUAACAUUAUAAGUCGCUCGCAUCAAUCUAUAAAUUAUAUUCGGGAUAAGAGAAGCGAGCGUCGUGUAUCCAUUCUUGAACUUGAU